CAGUAAUUAAGUUGGCUUGUGUCGGUGGGAAAAAGAUAAACCAGUUCCCUAGAAACAUAGAAAACAAGGAAACUUGUAAGAGCUAACCAAAUUUUCCACCCGAAAAAAGAAUUCUUUUCGAAGCAUGGAAACGAAGGAGAAGAUAGUGAUGGGUAUGGUUGCGUUACUGCUUUCUGCUUUCGCCGUUAGUGGUUGGACCGGUGAAAUCCAUGGAAGAGUUGUUUGUGAUGUGUGUGGGGAUUCUUCUCUUGGACCUGAAGAUCAUGUUCUGGAAGGUGCUGAGGUUGCUGUCCUUUGCAUCACGAAGUCCGGGGAAGUUCUAAACUACCAAGCAUUCACAGAUGCUAAGGGGAUUUACACAGUGGCCGAGACAAUGCCGGAGAGUGAUCGGUGGGAUGCGUGCCUUGCCCGACCCAUCAGUGGUUUCCACGAGCAUUGCACCCGUCUCGCUGAGGGCAGUUCGGGGGUGAAAUUCAGUUACAAUCACCCAUCGGGGUAUUCACACACUGUCAGAACUUUCGUUUAUCGACCUGUUAACGUUCCAACCUACUGCAUUUGAUAUACAUAAUUACACACUUGCUUGUUUAUGCUUGUGCAUGGUUGAACUACAGCAAAAGCUGAUGACCAUAAGGGUAUUUUCGUAAUAGUAUGUGGAUGUAUGUAGUGUUGUCCGGUUAUGUAUUUGAGCUUGGUCAAAAGUACAGAAUGAUAUGUUAGUCAAACAAUCAAACCAUUGUAAAUGACAUUGCCAUUGAUGAUAAGCAAUAUGAUCAGUGAUAUAAAAGUUUUCACGGAAA